CGGAAUCUGUGUCGGAGUGAACAAAAUCUAUAAACAAAUAUAUCAAUAACUUGUCAUGACAUGGUACAGAUCGUUGUGAAAUUGGUAGAUGAACCAUUGGAAUGGACGAUUAUUGAGUUGCAAGGCAAUUUGGAAAGUGAGUUAAAUGAUUUGGCUGGACUUCACAUUGGUGAUCUGCAUUUUGAUGAAAGGGGAAAUCCAAGCUUAAUUGUCGGCCAUCAUGUUCUUACUGGAAAAAUAGCACCACUAGAUAAACCAUUUGCUGUGAUGAAGAAGAAACAAAGUUAUGCCGAAUGUGAAAGCGAAAUGAUGGAUAUUGAUUCGCCACAAGAAACGUCUUACGAUGUUGUGGCUUUUGUGAAGCAGAAAAUUAUUUUUAAAAACCGACCAAGACCAAUUAUUGUGAAAAGUCAACCGAUUAAGGUGUAAACUUUUUAGGGAGGAAUCUGUGUAUUGUAACAAAAUGUAAAAAGAAAUAAAAACAACUCCUGUUAAUGAUUGGUA